AUGGCAUCCGCCACCAUCGACAAGUCAAAGUCCUAUUUUCCUCUCGCCGGCGGCGCCGAGGAUGGCUGGUCUACCGAGGACGAAGCAACAGCCACAUGCUUCUGUGGUGCAGUGCAAUUAUCAUUUCCAACCCACGGACCUGGCUACGUCGGCUCCUUCGUCUGUAAUUGCUCCGACUGCCACAAGCUUACCGCAUCCAUGCACGCAACCAACUUCACAGUCUACGACACACACCUGAAACAUCUGCGUGGUCGCGAAAACCUGAAGACAUACAGCCAGUCUCGCACGGUGUUCGUCAAAACUCCUGGCCAGGACAACACCAUGACCAACUACUUUUGUUCCACAUGCGGCUCGCUAAUGUACCGCGUUGGUGCGGCUUUCCCGGGCAUGAGUAUUCUGCGUGUUGGUAGUGUGGAUGAUUUCUCGUUGCACGAGACUAAAUUGAGGCCUACGAUGGAGCAGUUUACCAAGGACCGCGUGGCUUGGAAGGCUCCUACGGAAGGGACCAAGCAGUUUGUCGAGGAUGGUUUGCAUGUAUAG